AGUGUUUUUUAAUUUAAUAAAACGCAAUACGGCAUAACAGAUGUACAGUGCCAUCUGCAGCCGACCGGCGAUUUGUUACAUCGCUCUUAUCGCAUUGUACUCGUCACGAACGCUGCAAAUGACGGAUGCUAGAGAUGCAUGUCUGAAGGAUUACUCGCAAUCGUGUCCAGAAGGAUGGACUGAAUCAAUUGUAUAUUCUGCUGCUUGUGAAGCGCCAAUUAACUACAUUGGACCUUGUGCCACCAGGUUGCCAGUUGUCAUGACCAAACAAGAUAAGGUUGAAUUAGAAGAGAAAUGCAACAUCAACUGGCCCUGUUUCAAUACUUGCGAUAUUGAAGAAAAUGCCAAAUGUCCGAUAUACUGGUAUAUGGAAGAUAACGUUUGCAAACCAUCGCCAGGAUACAGUGGUAGAUGUGUUGAACCCAUGGAUCCAAAUCAAAUGCAUCAACAGGAAAAAAUACUUUGGGGAAAUAGAUGUCAAGUAAAAUGGCCUUGCAAGAAAAAAUGCAAUACAAAUUACUACGCCAAAUGCCCAGAGGGGUGGCAACUAGAUGGUUAGGACAUAGAACGCAUAGUAACUAAAUCCAGAUGCAAAAUGUAUAGCCCCGGUUUCUUACAACGGACCAUGUUUCACCACGGCAGAUCUGUCAUUUUUCACAAAUGAUAUGAAGGUAAGACCAUAUAAGACGUUAUAAAUUAAAACAGGCACAAUUCGAGCAAAUAUGCAACGUCACAUUCCCAUGCAAAUAAACAUAAA